UUCACAGAUCAGUGCUUUGGAAUAAUACUGUUUGGAGAAGACUUGCGAGACAGGACCAAAACUUUGAGUCUCGCACACUCAGCAUCAUGCCGGCUGGGUUUCAGCAGUUGGGAGGGGAGAGAAUAACUGGAACCCUUGCACUGUCAGUGUUCACUGCUGUACUGGGUUCCCUUCAGUUUGGCUACAACAUUGGAGUCAUCAACGCUCCACAGAAGAUCAUUGAACAGGACUAUAACUCAACAUGGAGGGAAAGAUACUCAGAACCGAUCCCUUCACAAACUCUGACAUCUCUGUGGUCACUUUCUGUGGCCAUCUUCUCCAUUGGGGGCAUGGUUUCAUCCUUCUCUGUGGGAAUCCUCUCAGAGUACUUUGGCAGGAGGAAAGCAAUGCUUAUCAAUAAUGUCCUUGCGUUUAUUGGUGGAGGCCUGAUGGGAAUGUCCAAAAUCAGCAGGUCGUUUGAAAUGAUGAUUUUAGGACGCUUUACCAUUGGGGCAUAUUGUGGGUUGGUAUCGGGAUUGGUGCCCAUGUAUGUUGGUGAGAUCGCCCCUACCACUCUGAGAGGAGCUCUGGGCACUCUGCACCAGCUGGCCAUCGUCACUGGCAUACUUAUGGCCCAGAUCUUAGGACUCGAGUCCCUGUUGGGCAGUGAGCAGCUGUGGCCGGUGCUGCUGGGUGUUACUGUACUCCCUACAGUCCUGCAGAUGACACUAUUGCCUUUCUGUCCUGAGAGCCCGCGCUUCCUCUAUAUCAUCCGCUGCCAAGAGCACCAUGCAAAGAGCGCUUUGCGGCGUCUGACUGGCCGUCUGGAGGUCAGUGAAGACUUGGCUGAAAUGAAGGAGGAAAAGAGGAAGAUGGACAUGGAGAGAAAAGCAUCUAUUGCUGAGCUCUUUCGCUCUCCUAUGUACCAGCAGCCCAUCAUCAUCUCUAUCCUGCUGCAGCUCUCUCAGCAGCUGUCAGGAAUUAAUGCUAUCUUCUAUUAUUCAACUGAUAUCUUCAAGAAGGCUGGGGUGGAAAAUCCAGUGUAUGCUACCAUAGGUGCUGGAGCUGUCAACUGUGCUUUUACUAUAGUCUCACUCUUCCUGGUCGAGCGUAUGGGCCGCCGGACACUUCACAUGCUUGGACUUGCUGGAAUGUGUAUCUGUGCCAUCAUCAUGACAACUGCCCUCACAUUACUGGAAACUGUACCAUCAAUGAGCUACCUUAGCAUGAUGGCAAUUUUUGGUUUUGUUGCCUUCUUCGAAGUGGGGCCAGGACCCAUCCCUUGGUUCUUUGUGGCUGAACUCUUCUCACAAGGUCCCAGACCAGCAGCCAUGGCAGUAGCAGGCUGCUCCAACUGGACAGCCAACUUCCUAAUUGGAAUGGGCUUCCAGUAUGUCGCUAACCUGUGUGGUCCGUAUGUUUUCCUCAUCUUUGCUCUGCUCCUCCUCCUCUUUCUGGUCUUCACAUUCUUCCGAGUUCCUGAAACACGAGGCAAAACUUUUGACCAGAUCUCAGCCACCUUCCACAAUCAUCCACAAAACAUGAUGGACAUGGAUCAGGGGAAGCACAGUACAGAACUGGACUACCUCGGUUCUGAUGGGACAGAGAACUGAGGCUUGAGAGCAAGAGAGAUGGUGAAAGGGGGGCAAAAAUGAAUGCAACUGAUCGUUCUUUGAGGCUUGGAGAGAAAAAUGGGAUGCAUACCAAAAAGAGAACAUUACUACUCAGAAGAAAGGCAUUUUGUAUUUGGAUAUUGGGUAUUAUAAAGAUGGAUGUUGGACACUGGAAGAGAGAGCAAGUUUGAGUUUUAUAUAUAUAUAUAUACACAGGUCCUUCUCAAAAAAUUAGCAUAUUGUGAUAAAAGUUCAUUAUUUUCCAUAAUGUAAUGAUAAAAAAUAAACUUUCAUAUA